AUGUCUCAGAUUGUUAAUACAGCUUUAACAUGUCCAAUAACAGGAGAGUUAUUCCGCGAUCCAGUUAUGGCUGAUGAUGGACACACUUAUGAUCGAAAAGCAAUUACUCGAUGGUUAAGAGAAAAUAAAACUAGUCCGAUAACACGUGAACAUAUAGAAUUAGCUACAUUACGUACAAAUUAUACAGUUAAAAGAUUAGUCGAUAAUUAUAGAAUUGAAAAUAAAUUACCAUUACCAGUUGAUGAUGAAGAGGAAGAACGAAUGUCAGUUAAAUCUGUUGAAUCGAGUAUUAACAAUUUCAGUCAUUUCAGUGAAAAUGAAGAAAUAACAAUAAUUAACCGGAAUUAUUUUGAUAAUAUGCAAGAAGAUAGGACAGGUGAUUCAACGUUAUUAGACAUAUUAUCAGAUGAUAUCAAUACAUUUGUGUUACAUCCAGCUCCACUUGGUGAUACUAUUCGAUGUCGAAUUGUUCGUACUAAGAAUAGUCCUUUUCAAAGGUUAGAAUACUAUAUGCAUGUUGAACGAAAUAAUGGAAGAAAAAUUUUUAUUUUAACUGCUCGAUGUCCACGUUUUCGAGUUAAGUAUCAAAUAUCAACAAAUAAAACCGAUAUUGGGAAAUUAAAAAGUAACAAUAUAGGGGACACACAUUUUACGUUGUCUGCAUAUGAUCAAAAAUUGGCUUCAAUUGCUUAUGUGAGUAUUUUCUUUCGAGAAACAAAUAUUUUUGGCUUUAACGGGCCACGAAAAAUGACCGUCUCAUUACAGACAGCGACGAUUGAUCGUGAAGACGAGCAUUGGUCAAACAUUCUCCAAUUACAUAAUAAAACACCAGUUUGGAAUGAAGAAAGUGCAUCACAUGUCCUCAGAUUUCAUGGACGAGUUACGCAAGCAUCAGUUAAAAAUUUUCAACUUAUUGGAAAUGAUUAUCCUGACCACAUUUUCCUACAAUUUGGUCGUGUUGGUUCACAUACAUUUACAUGUGAUUAUAAAUAUCCAUUGUGUGCAUUACAAGCAUUUGGCAUAGCAUUAAGCUCUUUGCAUGAUAAAUUGGGUUGUGAAUAA